UUUAGGUAGUAGCCUAUAUGUAUCAACUCAAAGAUGGUUAAUUUUGUAAAAUCAGUUGUUAGCUUAAUAUUACUGCAGUAAUAAUUUAAUGCCUAAAUGGUAACAACGAGUGGCAACAAGGCGUUGAACAAUGGACACACACCCACCAAUAAUAGAGAGAGCCACACUAGUGCUGAACACGGACGUGGAUAUGGCUCUGUGUAAACGUGUGACGGACAUGAAGUUUAAGAUUGUUGAGGUAGAGCCGAGGCUGGUCGUAGAAAAAGAACACGUCUCAUACAACGAUAUCCUCUCGAUUGCCAAGCUGCUAAAAGACCGGUUCCAGUCUUCGGAUAACGCGAGAUCUGUGGUCUCAGAGAGUCGAGACACAUCGUCAGAUAGGAGGUCUAUUGUUUCACACGGACGAGACACAUCGUCAGAUAGGAGGUCUAUUGUUUCACAUGGACGAGACACAUCGUCAGAUAGGAGGUCUAUUGUUUCACACGGACGAGACACAUCGUCAGAUAGGAGGUCUAUUGUUUCACAUGGACGAGACACAUCGUCAGAUAGGAGGUCUAUUGUUUUACACGGACGAGACACAUCGUCAGAUAGGAGGUCUAUUGUUUCACACGGAAGAGACGCAUCGUCAGAUAGGAGAUCUGUGGUCUCUCAAAGACGAGACACAUCAACACAGCCAUGUCUGCUAAGUCUGGCUGAAGCUAGCAUGUUAAACAGUGACGUAGAUAAUCAUUCUCGCCCUUCUGGUAUCAAAGGCACACUCGACUUCCAUGACGUCACAUCUUUUAUUGACAAGUCACGUGACGAAUUUGGGAUUCACAAAAAUACAAACAGAACUUCCGGCAAUAGCAUACAAAACAAAACACAAGAGAAAAGAAUUCGGACUUCAACAGGACAUGAGAAUAGCUUGGUGAGCGUCAACAAGCAACAGUCUCCCACUGGGGUAGCUGGUGGCAUUGAAAGCUUGCAUGACAACACACCUAUCUGCCACUCAGAGGAACAUCAGUCAGGUACACACAAUGAUCCAGGAAACAACUCGAAAACAAACAGCGAUUUAGAAACGUCAGUUGCCGUUGGUACUUCGAAUACAGAUUGUUUCUCUGAUCCUGACAAUGAGCCUGAAGAACAAAGAAUUUUAGCGUUAAACCCAGGCACUAGCACCGUCGUCAGUGAAGGAGCAAGCGAUGAGGUUGAUGAAGACAGAGACAAGAUACCAACUGGAAGAGAUGCAUUUGUAGGCGGGGUUGAGAAGAGGCAAGCCAGUUUAGACACACACAGUAGGUCAAGUAGGGGAGAGAUGAAACAUACGGGACCAGGGGCAGGCAGGUCUAAAGGGUUUGGAUAUUCUGAGGAACAGGGUGCACAAACACACACAUUGGAUACAAUACACUCCAACGGCCUUCAUGACUCUGAAAGCGAUGACAACGGCGAACACACAUUGGAUACAAUACACUCCAACGGCCUUCAUGACUCUGAAAGCGAUGACAACGGCGAACACACAUUGGAUACAAUACACUCCAACGGCCUUCAUGACUCUGAAAGCGAUGACAACGGCGAACACACAUUGGAUACAAUACACUCCAACGGCCUUCAUGACUCUGAAAGCGAUGACAACGGCGAACACACAUUGGAUACAAUACACUCCAACGGCCUCCAUGACUCUGAAAGCGAUGACAACGGCGAUGAAAAUCUACCCCCAGAGCAGAAUGGGGACCAUAGAGGAUUUGUCAGUGAUAAUACAACGGAAGAAGAAAAUGGAGGGGAAAUAACUAAGGCAACUUUUCGUAAAGAAGUUGUCGAACCUUACAAUACUUUGAGUGAUGAAGAGGGCACAAAAUCCUCGACUUUGGCUGGUAUGAAGGAAACAGAAACUGAUGGCGAACACACGGACAAAACUAAAGUGUUGGAGGAAAACUGGGACGUUACGAGAGACAAGGCAAAUUGUACAAUGGUGAAGGACAAGAAAGAUAAUAUACAAGAUAACAAAACAAUUGCACGUUUAGAAGCAAACAAUGUUGGAGGUGAGGUAGACAUUGAAGGGAACACAACCCAGCAGAAUUUAACUGAAAGACUGCCUGAAACAUCUCAACAGAAUUUAACUGAAAAACUGCCUGAAACAUCACAGCAGAAUUUAACUGAAAUACUGACUGACUCCGACGAUGAUUCGUCUAGUGAUGGCGACAGCACAGAUUUGGAAGAAAAAACAAUUGUUUUAAAAAAAGACGAAUUCAACGCAGCAAAGUACUACUUUAAGAACACCGAAUUCUCAUCACGUUUAACUUCACAAGCUGUCGAUCUCAAUUUGAAGGAAAAAACGGAUGCAGAACUGGCAGAAAAACUUGCGAGGUUUAAAGUUAUUCGAGUUCCAGUCACGGGACUCAGCCAGGGCGAUCUUGAAGAGAUGCUGGAGGAGUUUGUGAGAUCCCCAAGUGACAAGGUCAAGGUGAAGGUUUUUGUGAAUGACGUAGUACUUAUGGGACCCGCCGAGAAAGUUCUGGAAGCCAAAAGAAAAAUUCUAUCAAAAUGUGAGUUUCCGGACAAGACCAGUGACAGUCAACAGAUGGGAACCAGUAACAUAGAGCCGUCUGCUACACGUUUGGUCAAACACGCAGCAGACGACAGACAUUUCUUCUCCCUAGACAAUUCUAACACAGCAGAGCAUGGUUCUCGCCAAGGUGAUCCUUACGGCAGCUUACAAGUGUUUCAUGAACACGCCAUUGCCGGGCAUAGUCUAUCAGAUUUUCAAAGUUCACGUAGCUUUAGAGAUCAACCUAAGGUUUAUAUGGGCCAUAACAAUCCAAGUCUUUCAGUGUAUGUAGCUAAUGCAGAUAUCACCCAGAUGUCGGUAGAUGUUAUAGUAAGUGCCGCCAACACCAAAUUAAAACAUCAUGGAGGCGUGGCUAAGGCUAUAGCAGCAGCGGCCGGUCCGGAUAUGACUCAAGAGUGCGACACGUUCAUUGGUCAACACGGCCAGCUUGACGUCACUGAUGUGUUUGUUUCCGGUGCAGGGAGACUCCAGGUGUCAAAGGUCAUACAUGCCGUGGCACCGGUGUACAAGAUGUACGUCGACAAGGUCAAGUGUGUGACCGACCUAAGGCAGACGGUGCUCAGGUGCCUGGUGGAAGCUUCCAGACUUGGGAUGUCUUCCAUUGCUUUACCGUCAGUCAGUGCAGCUGUGUUUAAAACUCAUGAAGAAAAAUGUGCCCAGUGCUAUAUGGAGGCGGUAAAACACUACGAUUAUUUUAUCCAUGAACUCAACCUUCAGCCGGUCAAAAAAGUUCAAUUUGUUGAUGUGGAUACCAACAUGGUGAACACAACGCAAGAAUAUUUCCUCAAACACUGGCACCAACCUCCUGACAGGAGGCUGGUACAGAUGGAUUUGGAAUUUUCCAGAAAACAUUUAAAGAAAGUAUCAAAAUCUGUUACAUCUCAAGGUGCAAAUGGUUUUAAAAAUGUUGAAUUUAUUGUCGGGGAUAUAAGUCUGGUAGUAACAACAGACCCAGCAUUGAGUUUAAGUUCAGAAAUGACUGUAGUCUUUGGUGACGUGUUUGAUGCAUUGAGUAAUAGACCAGGUUUCAAGGCUAAGGAACAAGUCAGGGACGUGAAACACUUACCCAAGAUAAAAGACCGUUUGAAAUUUGUUAAAUUAAACAGACCAGGCGGGUCUGAAAUGGGCACUCUCUGUGUUGUGUCACCACAGCCUCAAAGUUUGAGAGACAUUGAUGUCUGCUUUGAAAAUUUAAAAUUGGCAACGGAUCAGUUUAAUAGCGCUGGAAUAAGGAGUUUAACUUUUACAUCCAAGUUAUUUUAUUUGGAGAAAACACUGAUCAAGCAGUCAUUAUUGGAAAGGUUUGUCCAUCUUGUCGUUGAGUUUGUUGAGGAGAUGGAUUUUGACCAUGAUUCCUCGCUGAAGACUGCACUGGUGGCUGCUAAUGAGAUGACCGCCACAAGUUUGACCAAAGAAUUUGAUUCACAUAGGAUUGAAAGAAAAGUUGAUAGAGGUCUCCAAGAUUAUUUGCCGCAAGAUGAAGCUGGAUAUUUAGACGAGCUACUUAAUUCUUCUGGAAACCUUUUAUCAGCCACAUUUCCUGAGAGUCUGGGUGGUAUACAGGGCGCCUGUGGUGGGGAUUCCCCACCAAGGGCAUGGUAUUUAUCUUCCCUUUACGACCACUUAAGCCGCCUAGUUGGAACAAGUUCGUCUGAAAAAAAUAGAAAAGAUAAAGACAGAGAAGAGAAAAAAAUCCCCCCAGUCAAGAAUGGUCAAAAAAAUGAAAAAGAUGAACAAGAGAAAGAACUGAAAGAUUCAGCUGGGCUGGACAAUGCCUGUGUAAUUUGUUAUGAGAAAGACACUUCCAUCAUUUUGCCAUGCUGUAAAGCCAGGAUUUGUUCAUCAUGUAAGACUAAAGUACAGUUAUGUCCCUUUUGUCGAAAAUCCUUGGAAAUACUAACUGGCGUCCAGCCAGAUGGCAAUAUGGAUGUGGAUUUAUGUGAAGGAGAUAAAUAUUGGAAAAUUACAUAUCGUUUCCCACCUGGCUUUCAAAAGGCCCACCACCCUCAUCCAGGAAAGCUAUACAUCGGCACAACAAGAACAGCUUACAUCCCUUCAACCGAAGAGGGCUUCGAGACAUUGUUGUUAUUGCGGCUUGCAUUUAAAAGACGCUUGACCUUUACUAUUGGCAAAUCCUUGAUGAUGAACAAAGAUGAUAUGAUCACAUGGAAUGACAUCCAUCACAAAACAAGUCCGGUGGCAGGAACAUAUGGCUAUCCAGAUCCCACAUACUUGGAACGAGUCAACCAAGAGUUAUCUAACAAAGGAGUUACUACAGACAGCAUGUCUGCAGAUGAGAGACAGGACAUAGAUACAUUUUCUAAUAGUCUUAAAACAAACCAGAGAUUUACUGAUAGUGUUUAACUCAAUCAAGUAAGCCUAUCCUGCUCUAUAUGACUACUGCUGUUUUUCUUACAAUACAGGGCUCAGUUAUUUAUUUAAUUUUUACAAAUUUUAAAUUAUUAUGAUCAAAAGAUAUGUUAAGAAAUGUAUAAAAGAAUAAUAUUAAAAAUUGCUACAUGAAAUAGAAUUUUUAGUAUCCUUUGUAUUUAUACAUAUAUAUAUUAAAAAAAAGAUUAAAUUAAUAAAAAUAAUAUAUUACUAACUUUGAAAUUGAAUGCUAUUUAAAAUAUAUUGAAAUAUGGGAUUGGCAAAUGAUUAAUUAUUUUCAAAUCAAAUUGUAUUUAUUCAUUUCAAAUCUCUUAUUUAAAAUUUUCUAAGAUUUUUGUACAUUUUUAAUGCUUUUUGUUUUAUUUGUGCAGCACAUUUUGCUGCAUUUCUAACUGGUCUUGAACUUUGCAUUAUUUAAGGGAUUGAUUAUCUAUAUUAGUACAUUAUUCUCCUUACCUGUUUGUUUUUCAUAAAACCCUCUUUUAAACCAAACUUAGUGUCUUUUGUGAACAUUUUUAAAAGUUAUAUUUUCAUUUAUUAUUGUAGCUCUUCUUUCUAUCUUGUGACUUGAAAUAAAGUAUGAGUCACUG